AUGGCGCUGGCGGGGUCCCCGGGGGGUGCAGGCUGGACCUGGCGGCCGGUGGCUCGGGACGCGCUGCUGGCGAGAGCCUUCCACUCGUGCACUGAGCUGCAGGGCCGCUUCUACCUGGUGGGGGGCCUCCCGGGCGGGGGGGCGACAGAGCCGAGCGGCGACACGGUGGUCUUCGACCCCGCCUCGGGACAGGCCGUGCAGCUGGGCGCCCAGGGCUGCCCGCGGCGCAGCCACCAUGACGCAGCGCCCGUGGGCGGCCGCUGGCUCUGCGUGGUGGGCGGCUGGGACGGGGCACGCCGCCUGGCCACGGUAGCCGCCCUGGACACGGAGCGCGGAGUGUGGGAGGCGUGGAGCGCGGCCCCCGGCAGCCGGCCCCCCGCCGGCCUCAGCAGCCACACCUGCACCCGCGUCUCGGACCGAGAGCUGCGGGUGGCGGGCCGGGAGGGCGGGACCCGCACUCAGCGCCGCUACGGAAGCAUCUACACGCUGAGGCUGGACCCCGGCGCCCGCACCUACUGCUAUAAGGAAGAGGGCAGCCACACAGCCUCCCGCUCGGGUCACUGCGCCGCCCUGCUCCCGACCUCGGGGCACCCCCCAGCUCACCAGCUGCUUCUCUUUGGGGGCUGCAACUCCGCCGAACCAGAAGUAGCUGGGCACUGGGGUCCGGGGAAAAUUAAGGAGGAACCACCCGCCGCCCCCCGUUUUAUGGAACAGCUUGCCAGGCUUGUGAGCACCCAGCAGGGCUCCCGGCAGGGGCCCCGGGGCCUGCGGCAUCACUCAUGCUCUGUGGUGGGGCCCUUCGCUGUGCUGUUUGGUGGAGAAACUCUGACCAGGACCAGAGACACCAUCUGCAAUGACCUCUAUGUCUACGACACCCGCAAGUCCCCUUCUCUGUGGUUCCACUUCUCCAGUGCAGACCAUGGGCUGAAACGUGUGGGCCAUCAGACCUGCCUCUGGAACGAUCAGCUUUACCUGGUUGGGGGUUUUGGUGAGGACGGCAGGACACCGAGGCCACAGGUUUGCGUCCUGGACCUAUUUAUCUAAAGGGCAGUGCCAAGACAUAAGCCUCUGCUUUGUGGCAAACUCACACAGCGUCAUCCCCAGGGCUAUCUGCCUCACUUCAAAGGCUUAUUAAAUUUCAGUCUGAGAGUCAA